AGCUCCUCCUUCUCCACCCCCAGAUUGCAAAGGAAGUGGCAAAGCUGCUCGAGAUGAAGGCACAGCUGGGGACAGAUGAGGGGAAGCACAAGUUUGUGCUGAAGACUCCAAAGGGCACCCGGGAUUUUGGCCCCAAGGAGAUGGCCAUCCGUGAGAGGGCCUUCAAAGCCAUCAUCUCCUGCUUCAAGCGCCACGGGGCCGAGGUCAUCGACACGCCGGUGUUCGAGCUGAAGGAGACACUGACAGGGAAAUACGGUGAAGACUCGAAGCUCAUCUAUGAUCUAAAGGAUCAGGGAGGAGAGCUGCUGUCCCUGCGCUAUGACCUGACAGUGCCCUUUGCUCGCUACCUGGCCAUGAACAAGAUCACCAACAUCAAGCGCUACCACAUUGCCAAGGUCUACAGGAGGGACAACCCGGCCAUGACCCGCGGCCGCUACCGCGAGUUCUACCAGUGUGUGAGUGUGGCUGUGGGCAGGGGCACUGCUGGGACAGGCUGGGCUGGGCACUGCCUGUGGGCACUUGGCACUGCUAAAAUAACAGCUGAGGUACCCUUCCCUGUGCCUGUGGAAAGCUCUGAAGUCUCGGGGCCUUUCUGGGUCGCUGCGACCCCGAGAUUGUUAAAAGUCUCUUUUCCCAGCCCGAGCACUUGAAGAAUGAGUUGGAGA